AUGGCGGCCCUCGCUGGCCCGACCAACUACAGCCACGCAGCCUUUGGCAUCAUCUGCAGCAACUGGGCCGCAUCAAAGCAUGACGUACACAAGACUAUGCGGAUGUUCAUGUUCCAGUUGCUGGCAAAGACCAGACUGCCUCGGAUAUCCUCGACCUCCAGCAACGACCCGUUGCCUCCCCCUCCAGACCAUCUGGUGCCUCCCCACCCGAACGACGUGGUGUCUCCCCCUCUAGACCAUCUGGUGCCUCCCCACCCGAACGACGUGGUGCCUCACCCUCCAGACCAUCUGGUACCUACCCACCCGAACGACGUGGUGCCUCCCCCUCCAGACCAUCUGGUACCUCCCCACCCGUACGACGUGGUGCCUCGCCCUCCAGACCAUCUGGUGCCUCCUCACCCGGACGAGGUGCUCGGUUGCGUGUAA